AUGACGGGGUCCGUCAUGCUUCACCUGCCCUGCAACCUCACGGAGGCGCCAAAGUCUCUACAGCCGGUGGUUGAUCCCAUGCAGAUCCCACAGGGACCGCCUUUUGGUGUCCCGAGCCUUCCAUCCAUGCCAAGUGUUGGUAGCAUGAUGCCCGGAGGAACCGGGAUGCCAAACAUGGCUGGGAUGCCUGGCGCGCAGCCCGGUGCCAUGCCAGGUGCAAUGCCGACAAUGCCCGGCGCCAUGCCGGCCAUGCCCGGCACAAUCCCCGGUGCCAUGCCUGGUGCCAUGCCAGGUGCCAUGCCGGGUGCUAUGCCGGCAAUGCCCGGUGCGAUGCCCGGCGCGAUGCCCGGUGCCAUGCCCGGCAUGCGGGGUGGUGUGCCCGGCGCCGUGCCUGCUGCCAUGCCGGGCGCCGUGCCUGGUGCCCCAGCAGCUCCAGCGGCCCCAGCAGCAGCCCUGCUUGCCUCAAAGACCAGCGAGCAGGCACACGAGAGCCAAUACGGUUGA